AUGCGAGCCGCCCUCUUUGCUCUCAUCACAGCCCUAACAGGCGUGAUUGCCCAAAUCCCCAACUCCCCCCGAUUCGACCUCACAAAACCCUCGUAUGACCUCUGGCGGAACAAGAAAACCGCCGCCAUAACCGUCCAACAAUCAUUCACCUUUGACAACGUCAACCGCCGCCUCUUCAUAGUAAACCGUCGCGAUGGCUCCGCCCUCGACUCAGGAGACUUAACAAUCAGCCAACUCGACUUCUCAGGAAAGGUCCUCGGCUCAAUGGACCUGCUCGGCUGCGGGCACGGUGUGAAUAUCGCCGCGGAACCAGUCGGAAGCGAUACGUAUAUCUGGAGUGAAACCGACGCUGCAGCAAGCGGGUAUGGGACCGCAUUGUGGAAGUUCAAGUUUCAGAAUGGGAAGACGUUGAAUAGCGCCACGGACAAGCGGAAGCGGAUUGUGCCGUUGCCGGAGUUUGACAGGGGGACUGCAACAAUUGACCCCGUUUAUAAGCGGUUAAUCGUGCGAUACCAGACUGGGUCCGUGCAGAAUAUCGCCGCAUUUGACCUCGCCAAGGCGAGCGCAGGCAAUUUUUCGAACCCGCUGGCGAAAUGGGAGAUUCCGCAUCUCGUUAAGGAGCUCGGGGCAAAGGUUAACGUGUUUCAGGGGUAUGCAGCUUACGGGCGGUAUGUCUAUUUCCUGACUGGGGAAUCUUAUGACGCUAGUGGCGGUAAGCUGAAUUCCGAGGUUAUGGCUCUGGAUUUGGAUACUGGGAAGCUUGUGCAAGGGCCUGUCAUUACAAAGGCUGGGUCGACGUUGAAGUUUCGUGAGCCGGAAGGGAUGGCGAUUUAUAAGACAGUCAGUGGGGAGGUGAGGCUUUUCUUGGGAUUUGCGUCGGGGGUUGCAGGAGACCGGAGGAGUAAUCUGUUUUAUAAGAACGAGUUGAUAUAA